AAAGGAAUAUAGCGGCUGUAUUGAGAGACACUGGUCCAGUAAAUAGGACCUAGAAUGAAGAUGGCACAGUAAUGGACUAGUUCUAGGAGGAUGCCAGCUGCCUUGAAACCCCAAGAAAUAAAGAUGUACAACGCUGAUUGAAAGCGGAACGAUAAGCUGACUGACUUCCACUGUCGGACCUUAACAGUGUGACAACCAGCGGAGGUAAACAACACAAGCACUAGUAGCAUUAGCUUCAUGGACGUGUUGUAUUAGCUGGAAGACGAUAUUAAACUCGCUGCACAGAUAAAUAUUUCAUUUGUAACUAAACAACAAUGUCUUCAGUUGAGUAUUUGAGAGAGUUUGUCAACGAGCGACUAACUGCUGCUGCUGAAGAAAUAUUCAGAGUUUUUAAAAAGACUAUCUUCGAGUACGAGGAAAAGAUCGAUCGUCAGCGCAAACUGUUGGAUAUCGUUUGGAAACCUGAAAUAAAGUUACACAGGAUAGAGCUCCCACAGCAACAUGUCUGUAAGGAGGAGGAGGUUCUUGCUGACCAGCAGCUCUGUAUUCAGGAGAGGAACUCCAGUCUGGACCAAGAGGACCCAGAGCCUCCACAGAUUAAAGAGGAACAGGAGGAACUCUGCAUCAGUCAGGAGGAAGAGCAGCUUGAAGUGAAGCAGGAGACUGAGACCUUUAUGUUGACUCCUACUUAUGAGGAAAGUGAUCACAGUGAAGAUCAGACUCUGUACUUUAAUUCUGACAAAAGUCAGAGUGUAGCAGAGACAGAGCUCCCAGUUAGCAUGUGUAUCAGUUGGCUAAAAGACGAAUCUGACUGGGAAAAUCCUGAAGUAUCAGAACCAAACAGUGACCACCAGCUCCUCUCUCACAACUCUCAUGUAGCUGAGAGCCAAGAUCAGAAAGAAGGCAAGAAUGGAGACUCAGGAUCAACUAGAAAUGAAGAGCCAAUGCCAGAGACGAGACAUUACAAAUGCACAAGUCACAGCAACUACGUAUAUAAUCCUACUCUUUCAACAAUUCACUUUAAUUCUCACACGGGUGAAAAGUCUUUCAAAUGUGACACCUGUGAGAAAGCUUUCAAGAACAACUCAGAUUGGCAGAGACACCUAAGAAUCCACACAGACGAGAAGCCAUAUUCUUGCAACAUGUGUGGGAAAAGCUUCACUCAGAAAUCAGUAUUGAAUGGUCAUAUACGAAUACACUCGGGUGAAAAGCCAUAUUCUUGCAAAAUAUGUGGGAAAGUUUUCGGUCGUAACGGUGACUUGACGGUCCACAUGAGAACCCACACAGGUGAGAAGCGAUAUUCUUGCAAAAUAUGUGAAAAAUAUUUCACGCGUAGUAAUGACUUGUUGUCCCACAUUCGAAGAGCCCACACUGGUGAGAAGCCGUACCUUUGCAAGAUCUGUGGGAAAAGAUACUUUGAUGCGUCUCAAUUGGCAAAGCAUAUAAGAACCCAUAUAGACAAGUAGCGUUGUAUUUGAAAAAAUAUUUGGUGAUACAAGUGGUACACGGUCAAAACAGAAGAAAUCACAGCAGUGAGGAGUCACAUAAUUGCAGCACUUGAAGGGAAAGUUUUACUCAAAUCAGACUUGAAAAAGCACCUGUGAAUCAAUAAACACAGGAGAAACCACCGAACUGAAACUGCUGUGGAUACGUGUUCACUAACUGAAUGAAAUACAAUCACUACAUCUCUGUAACUGAAUGUCUACAAUUCCCCAUUGAGACGAGGUCACCAUAAGUUGAAGUAGUAUAUUGUCAACAAUGCCAUCAAGUUGUGUUGAACUAAACUCGUUUUCUCCCUCAUAUUACUGUAUUACUCAUUUUUGUUAGAAACAUUUCUUUGAAACUAUCAUAAUCUCUUAAAGGGACUGUUUGUAAGAAUCAGAAUUACUUGUUAACAGCGACACCUGUGGCCGUUAAGUCAACAAAAGUCAGCGUCGGGCUCGCGCUUGUGCUCGCUCUACAUAGACAUGAACGAGCA